UCAUAUGACCUGCACUUUUUAUACAAAGAGGAAGAAACCUUUACACGAAACACUCCACGAAGACUAAAGAAAGCGUGAUUGUACCUUGCAAGGAUGAUGUACGCUCUUGUAAUAAUGGCCUCUGUGGCCACAGUCACCUUUGGUGCACCAAGCUUUGUGGAAUGGUUUGAAAUGUCACCUGCCAAGACAAUUAACAAACCGAAACCUCACCUUCUAGGCCGUGAGCAGGCUAGGGUGGAAUUUGAUGACUAUUUUACUGAAUUCGAAAACUUCAAACGAUCUUUUGGCAAAAUGUAUGAAACAGAGGAUGAGAAGUCACGAUUUGGUACUUUUGUCAAGAAUCUGGAUGCUAUUCGGGAACACAACAAAAAAUUCCACAGAGGACAGAAGUCUUUCUAUUUGGGCAUCAACAACUUUACAGACAUGGAACUCAAGGAGUUUGUUAAGUACAACGGUCUCUUGAAAAAGUCUACAAACGUAAAAACCUCUGACUGUGGAAAAUUUAUGGAGCCACAUUUCUUGACAUUGCCUGAAGAGGUUGACUGGAGAAAGGAAGGAUAUGUGACCAAGGUGAAAAAUCAGGGACAAUGUGGGUCAUGCUGGUCAUUCAGUACUACUGGUGCCCUUGAAGGACAGCAUUUCCGAAGCACAGGAAAGUUGGUGUCACUGAGUGAACAACAGCUGGUAGACUGCUCAGAAAGCUAUGGAAACAAUGGUUGUGAAGGAGGACUCAUGGAUCAGGCCUUUGAUUAUAUCAGGGAUAUUGGUGGUAUUGAGUCGGAGGAAGAGUACCCAUACAAGGCUAAGGAUAAGAAGUGCCACUUUCACAAGAACGAGGUCAAUGCCACAUGUACUGGGUGUAUGGAUAUCGAGAGUGGAGACGAGGAUCAACUUAAGAAGGCUGUUGCCUCAGUAGGCCCAAUCUCUGUAGCCAUUGAUGCUAGUCACCAGUCCUUCCAGCUUUAUAAAGGAGGUGUCUAUACAGAGGAGGAGUGCAGUAGUGACCAGCUGGACCAUGGCGUGCUGACUGUUGGGUAUGGGACAGAGGAUGGAAAUGACUACUGGCUUGUCAAGAACAGCUGGGAUGUUGUGUGGGGAGAUGAAGGAUAUAUCAAGAUGGCAAGGAAUCAGGACAAUAUGUGUGGUAUUGCUACUCAGGCCAGCUACCCACUGGUGUAAACAAACAACUGUACAGAUCAAAUACUUUUUUUCAGGAUCCCACUCAGCAGCAGCAAGUACUGACAGAAGAAGACCAAGACAGCUGUCAAUUAAAAA